AUGGAAAGCCUACGCAAGGAGUUUGAGGCUCUACUCUCCCAGCCGACCCUGCAACAGCGUGGCCACCAGCUUUGGGAGAAGCUGGCUUUUGAAGGAACAACAAAUCCACUGGCUGUGGUGUUGGGAUGCUUCAUUAUGCGAACAGCGCAAAUGGGAGUACAGGUUGAUGAGAAGGUCUUGCGCAGCUUCUGGCCAGAAGAGUUGCAGCAUGAAGUUCUGCUGAAGUUCCAGCAGGAAGAAGCUGAAGCAGAGACCACAUUCUUGGAGCUGUUGCCUCGUUGCGCAGAAUCCAUGAUUGCAGCCAUCACAUCAGACAAGGCUAAUAAGGUUGAUGAUGUUGGCGAUGACAUCAUGCCACUCCAUGUUCCGGAUUGGUUGACGCAAUGGAUAGAGGCGAAGAUCAGCAAACCUUCGAAGAAGGAUGCGCCCCGGACGCUCCAUGUCUCAGAUUGUUCAGAUCCGGCUGUUGCUAACUUGCUUUCUGGAUCCUACAGGAGCAGUGAGCCACACCAUGGCAAAACGGUUUACAUCAAGCCGGCAUUGGAAGGAUCCCCAGAGGUCAGCCUCUACUUUUGGUCUGAUUCGUCAAACUGUUCGGGGUGGUGGUUUGGCCUUGCUGUCGGUGGGGACGACGUCAUCGCGUUUCAUCCAGACACGACUCGGAACGAACCUCCGGAGUCAGGAUGGCAUGUCCCGUUCAAUGGGCAGGUGGACCCAAAUUUCCAGGUGUCCUUUCGCAGCAAGCCGUCCAGCAGCGAUUGGAUAGGUGUCGACAUGUCUAAGGAAACCUUGCCGCAGGCAAAGGAGGCACUUCCACCUGUGCAAGACCCUUCCCCAUGGGCAUCGGAUUCGCCGCGUGCUCUUGGAAUUACCAGUCAAUCAAAGCAGGCGGCUCCAGAGGAGACGCUUUUGGAGGUUCCAGAGGCAUUGACAACACCUGAAGUUCCUGAAGCUCCACAUCGGCCCAUUCGGAGGAGUCGAGGUGGUCGCAUCCGCCCCUUGCCGCUCCGGGCAAUGAAGCGAGUUCCACAGAGGUUGCUGCGGCAGGAGGGCCGAGACCUUAUUUCAAGCGACUGUGGAAGUGCCCUGCUGGACGCUCUGCGCGGCCGCCUGCAAAGCUUCACACGGCCGGAGCUCUUCCGGAGUGCCACAGCCAACACCGACGCGCCACCGCCGUCGGUCACAGUGGGAAUGGACGAUUUAGACGACCUCCUCCUCCGCUCGAACCUCACUCUGCCUUUGAAGGCUUUGAUUGCCGUUUGGCAUGCUGCGCUGCAAGAGGUUGGGUGCCAAAAUGUGUCUGCAGAAGAAGCACCUGGGAUCCGCUUGGGCUACGCGCAGUUUGGACGUGCGUUUGGAGGUACAUCUGUUGAAAGUCAGGGAAGCUUUGGUGUGGCUGCGCCAAAGACCGCCAACUUCUCCUUCAAGGCGACAGGCCGAUACUUCUCAGAUGACCAGCACCGCAGGCCACGUCCGGUCUUUUCGUCCAAUUCAACCUCCUUUGCAAGGACGUUAAUGCCAAGGUUGCAAAGCAAGGCAGCUGAAGCGCAGAGGGCAACUAGCUUCGAAAAGACCUUGGCUUGCCUGGUGCAAGGUCUGGACGAAGGAAGUGUUAGGUGCGCUGAAAAAAAUUUAGGUGCUGUGUCAUCAUUGGUUAUUCGAUUUAGGGCCGAAACCUUUCACAGUUUGGGAGACAUGAAGGCUUUGAACCUGUGA